AUAUACAGACUCGGUUAAUGGUCGCUUUCAAAUAGUAAUUUUAUGAUCAUAGAAGUACUUAUUAUCGGAUGUUAUAGAGGAGAUGUCAGUCGGCUGACCGGCCGACGUUUCUAGCUCGUCCUAACUGCGUUCCGUGACCAUUUUCACUCACCAUUUGCACACACAGCUCGCUGGUCUUAAUGUGUCACUGCUGCAGGUAUGUAGGAAAUCUGAUCUGAACGUCGCAUGAUAUCUGAAAACUAUUUUUAUUGUACACAGAAAAUGCGAAGAUAUAAUUCACUGGAGACAUACAGAAGCUAACUAAUGGUAUCGUACAAAUGGCAUAGCAACAUCACCAUUUCCAUCUGUCUUUCUCAGUCCGAAACUAAAGGUCCUAAGUGCGCGUGCGCCUCGGAGAUCAGUGACGUUCCUCGACGGUUUGUUUACGGUACAACGCGGGCUAUAAUUGAGCGAUGCGGGAGAGUUCAACACAUCACGGUCCAUCUUUUUAGAAUACGACACAAAUAACCUUCUAUAUUUGUAAAUUUAUACACUGCUCGCUUCGAGAGCAUCCAUUCUUUGUUGGCGCGUAUCGGAAUAUUGCCCUUGUGUGCUGCACUUUUAAGGCCAUAUUCGCAUGCUUUAAUAGUGAUUAAGUGUUCUAUCCGAGUCAAUAUUGUAUAAAUCCUAAGGUGCUAGGGCUAUGCAUCCAUGCCGAUGGGCGAUGACCACAUGCAUCAAUGUUUGUAAAUAGAAUGCAUCUACUAUUACGGCGUACGAAAGUUCUUCUUAUGAAUGAUUCCGUAUACAUCGCCCGGUCAUUGUGGCGAUCUUGAACGUCGAUGAUAACAAAACUGGUGUUGUAUUGCAUAACAGAUGUCAACGACGAUUGUCAGAUAGAACGUAAACACGGGCGUGACGGCUGUGACAUCUUUAUACAUAGUGAAAGAUGCUUGGGAUGCUAUGGGUCGUUAGUUAAAGCGUUGUUUACAAACAACUUUGUGCGCUAUUUCAUCUCAGAGUUGUUUGUUUACCAUUCGGAGCCAAUGAAUGCAUUCUGCCGCUACCAUAGAUGAUUUCAGAGAAAAAUUAACUACAGUGUGUGAAAGGGAAUGCGUUCAAAAGAUUCUAACGAGUUUAUUUGCUCGUCUCGUUAACCAGCUGGUUUGGGAAGUGAAAAAUCACGCUUAUCUCCGCAUAAACACAAGAAACGCCGGUCCACAGAGGCAGCCAUCUGUUCGUUGCACCCAUAUAGAUAACGAAAAUGUACAAAUGGAAACGUAACCAUUCAGUAAGGAGCCCUUGCUGCGAGCGCUUGUCUCGUCUACAAUUGAUAGCGCGCGAAAAACAAAUCGUCGGCCAUUUUGCAUAUUUUCUAACGAUGUGCUCCAUAUUCGAACGUGCGAUAUAUCCCGAUCCAGAGUCGGAGAAGGCUAUAAUGGGUUCGGUGGUUUACUGCAUCCACCACAAGGAAGGGUGCCAGUGGUCGGACGAACUCCGCAAACUGAAGGCGCACCUGAACACCUGCAAGCACGAUGCUGUGCUGUGUGCAGCUCAGUGCGGGGCGAUGAUCCCGAGGGUGUUGAUGCAGGACCACCUGCGUUACACCUGCCCCCGGAGACGCGCCAACUGUGAACAUUGCGGGAAGGAAUUCUCCGGUAGCGCUCUGGAGGAGCACCAAGGAAAUUGCGGUCAUGAGCCGGUGUACUGCGAGAACAAGUGCGGGGCCAAGGUCCAGCGGCGGCACACCACGCAGCACGCCGCGCAGCACUGCAGCAAACGAUUGGUGCCCUGCAGACACUGCGGCCAGCGGUAUACACAGGAUACAGUGUCAGCUCAUGGCGCGUUAUGUUCCCGGGCCCCGGUGCCGUGUCCCCAGCGGUGCGCGGCGGCCCCGGCCCGGGACGAGCUGGACGUUCACCUCCGGGAACACUGCACGGCCACCGCCGCCGUCUGCCUCUACAGAGACGCCGGCUGCCGGUUUAAGGGCACGAGACAGGCUCUGGAACGUCACACGGAAGAGAGUGCCCAACAACACUUAGCCCUGGUGUCAGCGCUGGCGACGCGUCAGGCUCGGCAGCUGGAUUCGCUAAGGGCGGCCGUGGCCAGGCUCGCCGUGAACUGCAGCGGAGCCCUGGUUUGGCGCGUCACGGACUGGGCCGCCAAGAUGGCCGACGCUAAAACCAAGGACGGGGUCGAGCUCACCUCACCCGCCUUCUACACCAGCCAGUACGGAUAUAAACUACAGGCGACGUUGUUCCUGAACGGUAACGGCGCAGGCGAGGGGACGCAUAUUUCCGUGUACAUCAAGAUCCUGCCGGGCGAGUACGACGCUCUCCUGCGGUGGCCGUUCGCCCACUCCGUGUCCUUCACGCUGUUCGACCAGAGCUCGAGCCCGGAGCGCGCCUGCAACAUCGUGGAGAGCUUCGUGCCGGACCCCACCUGGAAGAACUUCCAGCGGCCGUCCAAGGAGCCGGACGCGCUCGGCUUCGGCUUCCCGCGCUUCGUGUCCCACGAGAUGCUCAAGAAGAGGAACUUCGUCAAGGACGACGUCAUGUUCCUCAGGGUCAAGGUCGACCCCAGCAAGAUCGUCGCCGUAUAGUCAGCUAGUGUUACGCGUUAGUCAUAGGUUAAGUGUACAUAAUCGAGUGGGCAUUUUUGUUAUGUCGGUUAUAAGACUGGAAUCAUAUCGUUUCUUUGGAAAGCUGUCUCUUUAAAGCGCCGUCUUGUCGCUAGAUGGCGUUGCUUAAUAUAUAUUACCGGUUAGCGGAUAUGAUUGAAUAUAUUUUUGUUAAAUUAUAAUAUGCCAUUGUCGUAACGAUAUUUAUUGUAAAUAUUUAGCUUUAAGGGCGAUUACGCUGCAUUGUUAUCCUUUCACUGAAGAUCUCUUGAGUUUCACUGCCGCGGGAAGACGCUAACGAGCCGAGCUAUGGUUCAGAAUGUUUCUCGACGCUAUCUUUUCGUUUCGUACCGUAAGUUCCUUCUCCCGAACUGUGCCAUAUUGCGGAACUCUUAAAGUACCCACUGUAUCCCUCGCAUCUGUUACACACACUUUUAUAGGACACUGCAAAAACUGUGUGUUGCUAUGACAACGUUCACUCGCAUUUUCUUUGGCCUUCAGACUCGAUAUAAAGGCGCUUUGAAGAAUGCAUGGACUUCAGACCCCUCUCUGGAAGCAUGCUUCGGUUCAGUUACAGCGGCAGAUCUUUUUGUAUAUAGUUUCUUAAUUUACCUUAAUAUCCUUGUAUAUAAUACAGUCGUCUUGUACAUAGGUUGUCUGUCGUAUUUCUGUGUUUACAAGCUGGAGUUAGACCAAAGUGUUUUGAUGACUUUGCGGUAGCGAUAGUUGUGUACAUUUUUUAGCAAAGUUAAUCAAUGCAAAACGUAUGAUCGCGGCUAAGCUGUUUGUAAUUAUUUUAUAUAUAAGCAAACUAUAUCUAAAAAGUAAAUUUAUUUUCAAAAUUAUAAACCUACAUUUAUAUAUUAGUAUGAAUAUGUUUCGCCUCUAUCCGUCGGAUCUCUAAGACGCUUGUUUCGUCGUAUAAUCUCAAAUGUAAAGAUACAUUCCAAAAAAAAAAAACACUAUUGUAAGCCUGGUUCCUUCGUCGUUUCUUUUGGACUAAAAUUAAGUUCGUCUCGUCUGUUAGGAGUGUAGGCUAGGUUAGGUAACUUGAUUACAAGUGUUUGAGUCUAGCAAUACAGGAAUUUUCUUGAUUUCGGUUAUAUUUAGUCCGUUUAGGUUUCAGUAACUCUAGACAACUAGUUAGCUUAGUGUUUUGUGACUUCUUCUAUUUUAGUACCUUAUAAAGAAAUGAGACUAACGAUAUGGAUUAAGUCUAGUAUAUAAGUCGCGUUUACGCAUCUAGCCUGUAACCUACACAAUGUACAUUUUACGUUAAGAUGAAAAAUAUAUAUUUUUCUCUCAUAA